CUAAUGUUUUAGGAUCCAGAAGAGAAAGAUAUGAUUGGCGAUCUUCUUAAUGGUAUGUCAAAAUACUAAAGCACUAUUAGAUAGUUUUGAAGCAGAAAAAACAAAAAAAUCAUAUUCUAACAAUAGACCCCCUGCAUUGGAAAUUAAAUAAUACCAAAAGGCCUCGCCUGUUUAUCAACCCAAGGUCUAUUCACCUUAGGUUUAACAUAAAGCAAAGUUGUUAAUUUGUUAAUUCAAGUUCUUACGAUUUAGAUUUACGACUAACAAAAAUACCUGUUUAGCAAAGUGCUCCCAAUUCAGCCUUAAAAGCCAAAUCAUAUGAUUGCAUGACUUAAUUUAUUCCAGAAGAAGAAACAAGUCUCGAUGGAGAUUUAGUAAUCAAAAAUUCAUAAUAAAAAAGAUAUCUAAAUGCAAGGAUUAAAAUGGUGCAAGAAGCAUUUAAAAGCAAUUCUAAGAAGGAUCUGUUGCAAUCAAAGAUUUGAUAUUCAGUAGACUAGAAAAGGGCUUCGUGUCCUUGUCAAAGGAUGUAUUUGGUAAUUAUGUCAUUUAAAAUCUUCUCGAAAAUGGUAUGAAUUUUAACUAAAGGUAGGAACUCCAUUACAACAAUAAAAAAUGCUUGUAAUUUUAUAGCCGCACACUUAACAACUUGCAUUUCAUCAAUACGGAUGUAGAGUCUUAUAAAAGCUGUUAUAAAAUUCCCAUAAAACUCCAGAGUUUAAAGUUUUAUUUGAUUCAAUAAAGGGGAAAGUCAGAGAAUUAGUCAUAGAUCAGCAUGGAAAUCACGUAGUGCAAAAGCUAAUCUAACUAAUGGAAGGUGAUGUUAGCCUCUGGGUUUUAGACGGAGUUGAAGGACAAAUAAGCAAGUUGGUUACAAAUUCUUUUGGAUGCAGGAUCAUUUAAAAAGCUAUUUCAAUCUCAAACAAUCAUACCGAAAGUUAGAUGAUUGUUUUACAAGAAAUCAUGAAGAUAUCUCAAGAAUUAUGCAUUUCAUAAUAUGGCAAUUAUAUCAUUCAGUAAUUAUUGAAAGAUGGCCCAGAAGUUAUCUAAAUUGAAAUUUAGCAAAUUAUCAUGGAUAAAAUAGAAGAAUAUAGCUUGAAUAAGUUUGGGAGGUAUUUUCAUUUUUUAAAUUAAGUAAUGUUGUUGAUUGUGCAAUCAAAUGUUCAAAUAAUAAAUUCAAAUUAAAAAUUAUGGAGUUAUUAUUGAGUCAAAAGAAUCAUCCAGUUUUAUUUGUAAGUCUCUCAAAAAAUGCAUAUGGCAAUUAUGUUGUCUAAAACUUCCUUAAAUUUUCUGAUAGUGAAAUAUAAAAAGAGUUUUAUCUGAAAAUUACAAACAAUUAAUAACUAUUGUAAGAAAUUUAAUAAUCACAAUUUGGUAUUUAACUAAAUUAAUUGUAGGUUAAUACGUGUAUUAGAUGUUAACUUAGAAAUUAGAACUUGAAGCUUUUAACUUAUGA